AUGGCUGUCAAUAGUGGUCAUAUUUUUUAUCUUUGCCUAAUUGGCUUACUGUGUUUCGUAGAAGAACAUGAGGUAAUCUCAGCCUUCAAGUUUUUUAUCAAGUCUAGUGAAAUAUUUUAAUUUCCGCAGUUAACUGCCGUUCAAAAGGGUAAUACAGAGUACCGCCUAGAGUCGCUGGAGACAAGAUGUGAUCACGAUUUCGUGGAAUAUUUCCAUAGAGUGCCCGACUCUCAGGUUCUAUAUACUUUUCGUGUCGUAAAGUUGGCCUCCGCUUUUACCAUCGAUAUAACAAUUAAAGUGCUUAAGACACAUCGAAUUAUGUACAAGAUAGAGAACUUCAAGGGUUGCGAGUUUCUUAACAAUCCUGUUGCAUUUAAAAUGUUUGGCGAAUCAUACAAAACCUUGGUGGUCAAUGGCAGUUACUUCAAGUGUCCUAUCAAGCCGAAGAUUUACUUUCUGAAAACCGACGGCAUUAUGUCCAUGAUACCAAGCGUCCAUCCAUUUGGCCGCUUUCAACUAUCAAUGCGUGUAAAAAUGACAGAAAGUCGUAAACCAUUUGUAAUGGAAACGCUACUAAACUAUACAAUUGUGCGCAUCAAAUAA